CUUUAUUUCAUAUGUAUAUACAUUUAUAAAGCUAUAUGCAGACAUUGAUGUAUAUUUCAGAGCCCGCUCUGUGGUCAUACUAAUAUUUGCCGAAAUGGAAACGGUCAAUCCCACGUUCUCGUACCUCACCAAUCUGGAGGUGAUGCAGAUUCUGCAGAAGAUCAAGAGCACAAAAAAGAAGUUCGGCAUGCGAAACUUGGCUACGGUUACCUAUGAGGCUUUACAGUAUCUGGAGGAGUCGCCCUGCAAGACCCAAACUCGUGAGAACAUUGCGAAUUACGUGAAGGAUCUGUCUUCCUAUCGUCUGAAGUCCCAAGAGAUCCUACAAAUGAUCAACGACCCGCCUACAAGUGCCCUUCACACGCAGCUGCUUAUCGACGACAAUAAAGCUCCACUAACCGAUGAAGAGAACGAGAAGAUCAUCCAGCUGAGCUACAAACACUUCCAUGGAGGGGAAACUAAAGACGCCACUAAGGAAACACCGGCGGAAAAACCUGCGGAGACCACUGCAAAGACCGGCAAGCAAUCUGGAAAGCGCAAUUCCCAGGCCAAAUCCACUCCAGCGGAAGAAGUCGUUCUAGCGGACCAAACCACGCCAGCUGGUGGAGUUACGCCUGCGGAUGUCGUGACUGCUUCAAAUAAAGUCAGUACUGUAGUUGUAACUACUCUAGCGGAAGAAGCAACUCCAUUGGAAACAGAGAAUAAAGCUACUUCAGCGAAUGAAGCCACCACAGCGCCUGCAACGACUGAAGCCACUACAGCGCCUGCAACGGAUGAAGCCACUCCAAUGGAACUCGAUGGGAUUCCACAAAUCGAUUCCAGUCCGCCAGCAGAUGGAGAAAAACCUGGGGAGCAGCCACCGAAAUAACCAAACUGCUUAUUACGUUUAACGUUUCAUAUUUUUAUGUUGAUGUAGCGUAUAAAAUAAGCUAAAAAGUUAAA